GCUCCGCCCCCUGGACUGCAGAGCCGGCGGAGGGCGCACGUCUUACGCAGCCGGCGGCAGCGGCGGCGCUGAGGAGACUGAGCCUGUGGCGUCCACGGGCUGGGUCCCCAGCCUGUGAAAAGAUGGCCCCACGGGCCCCGAGGGGCCUAGCCCCAGCUCUUCUCUGGGGCCUGAGCCUCUUCCUUGGUCUCCCAGGCCCGGUCUGGGUCCAGCUUUCUCCGCCUCUCAAGUCUUCUUCCCCCACUGAGCCCCAUCCAUGUCACACCUGCAGGGGACUGGUCGACAGUUUCAACAAGGGCCUGGAGAGAACCAUCCGGGAUAACUUUGGAGGUGGAAACACUGCCUGGGAGGAAGAGAAGUUGUCCAAAUACAAGGACAGUGAGACCCGCCUGGUAGAGGUGCUCGAGGGCGUGUGCAGCAAGUCAGACUUCGAGUGCCACCGCCUGCUGGAGCUGAGUGAGGAGCUGGUGGAGAGCUGGUGGUUUCACAAAUGGGCUGUAUCACAGAUCCUGUGGGAGGUUGCGGGAGAUGGCAGCACCUCUGACACUGUCUCAGCCCCCUCACCAUCCCUCCGCCUCAGGCAGCAGGAAGCCCCAGACCUCUUCCAGUGGCUCUGCUCAGAUUCCCUGAAGCUCUGCUGCCCCUCAGGAACCUUCGGGCCCUCCUGCCUUCCCUGCCCUGGGGGUGCGGAGCGGCCCUGCGGUGGCUACGGGCAGUGUGAAGGGGAAGGAACUCGAGGGGGCAGCGGGCACUGUGACUGCCAAGCCGGCUAUGGGGGUGAGGCCUGUGGCCAGUGUGGCCUCGGCUAUUUUGAGGCGGAGCGCAAUGCCAGCCAUCUGGUAUGUUCGGCUUGUUUUGGCCCCUGUGCCCGUUGCUCAGGACCUGAGGAAUCAAAUUGUUUACAGUGCAAGAAGGGCUGGGCCCUGCAUCACCUCAAGUGUGUAGACAUUGAUGAGUGUGGCACAGAGCGAGCCAGCUGUGGAGCCGACCAGUUCUGCGUGAACACGGAGGGCUCCUAUGAGUGCCGAGACUGUGCCAAGGCCUGCCUGGGCUGCAUGGGGGCAGGGCCUGGCCGCUGUAAGAAGUGUAGCCCUGGCUACCAGCAGGUGGGCUCCAAGUGUCUCGACGUGGACGAGUGUGAGACCGCAGUGUGUCCAGGAGAGAACGAGCAAUGCGAGAACACCGAGGGCAGUUACUGCUGUGUCUGUGCUGAGGGCUACAAACAGAUUGAGGGCAUCUGUGUGAAGGAGCAGAUCCCAGAGUCAGCAGGCUUCUUCUCAGAGAUGACAGAGGACGAGCUGGUGGUGCUGCAGCAGAUGUUCUUCGGUGUCAUCAUCUGUGCACUGGCCACGCUGGCCGCCAAGGGUGACUUGGUCUUCACCGCCAUCUUCAUUGGGGCUGUGGCAGCCAUGACCGGCUACUGGUUGUCAGAGCGCAGUGACCGUGUGCUGGAGGGCUUCAUCAAGGGCAGAUAAUCGCUGCCACCGCUGCAGCAUCUCCUCCUGCCCAGGCUGCCCCCAAGGUCGGGACUCUCCCACCUGGACACUUGAGGCACUUGCUUUAUUUUUGAGAGUGCGGUAAGCACCCUCUACCCACCUUAUGGAGCAGCCCAGACACCUGGGCCUGGGCAGGUGAGGCCCUUGGGUGAAAAAGUAGCCCUAUAGGUGGGUGCCAUGAGAUCUUGGCCUAGGGGCACUGGUCAGGCUUCACAGUGUUGUGAAUUUUUUUAAGAAGUGUAUCCUCGUUUUGGCUGCUAGUGAGCUUUGGCCCCUGCCCAAGAUGAUGGGGGAGUGUCCCUUCACAACCCCCUCCUGCCAGCUGCAUGCUGUCAGCUCCUGUUCUGUCCUCACCCCCUUGCCCCUCAGCCACUGAUUUAUUUAUUCAUCUCAGGAAAUAAAGAAAGGUCUUGGAAAAUGGA